AUGGCUGCCAAAACCUCCACUGCUUUGUCCAGAGUUCUCUGUGAGGAGACUCAAACCCAAUCGGCCCAACCCAAUCUUCAAAAUUCGGCUCCGAUGUUAUCCAAAUCACCUCGGUUCGCCGCCAUUGCAGUUGACUAUGUCUUGUACGUUGAGCUCAGUAAGGAUGGUCUUUUGAGCCAACAAAAAGCCUUGGCCCCUAUUAAAUGGGAGAGGAUAGUCCCGAGUCCUCUCCCGGCCCCCUUUCAGGCGAACAUCGUGUCUUUCACCUGGCCCCGGUUCCAAUACGAGGUCUUGAUACACAUGGCAAACAAGUGCGACAUUCUCCAGAGAUUCAUGAUCAAGAAUCACGACGCGGGGAAUCUCGUUUGGUUGGCAAGCAUCAAGAACCACGCCGACUUUGGGGUAGCGGUCAAAAUCGAUGGUCCAGCCGAUUUCCUCAACUUCUCCCAAGCUGCAUAUGAAGCGUACCCGGCUAGUGUUGCGUUCAAGAUCACGAUGGCAAAUCCAAUUCAAAAGGCCAAUGAUGCAGCGUUGCAAGCAACACGAAGUUGUUUCCCGGCCAGACCCCCAAUUUGUGGAAAGCACGGCGCGCCCUAG